GGGAAGUGGUGCAGUUUAUCUUUAAGGAGGCUAGAGAAAUAAGAAAUGAGCCUCACGUUGCAUGGGUGACAUCACUGGCUUUUGGCUCAGCGCUCUGUAUGCUCGGUCUGUCAGCUUUAGCCAAGGCUGCAGGGUUUAGUGUUUGAACAAGGAAAGAUUCCCAGGUGUACAGAAGAUUGGAUUCGCUCUUAUUUGGGUUAAAAAACGGUGAAAUGAGAUUUCUAAAGCUUGGGGACUUCAGCUCGCCUUCUGUUGCACUUGAUCUCUACAAGAUGGGUGAGUUAUUCCCAUUAGAGAGAAAGGGAGUGGAAAUUUAAGGAGAAAAAAAAACAACCCCAAACAUGUCUGAAUAUAUAACUGCUGAUGCUGGGGAUACGAUUCGUAUGAAGCUGCUGAGCUAAAAAUCUCAGCUCCAACGUGGAGAUCGGGCCAUAUGGCAGAGAAAUGGUGCAGCCCGAAAGCUGUUGACAACAGUUAGGGGCUGCUUUCCCCCUCUCCCCGCUGUAAGAUGGCUAACGUGCCGCCGUGUUAGGAAAACUGUGCUCAACACCACCACAGCCCAGCGCCGGGGACGGAGCGAGCUCUUCAGAUACCGGCUGAAGGGAAGAGGGGUGCUGGGUGAGUUUGUGUGUGCGCUGGGGGGGGAAGGAAGCGAGAUGCCGGGCCCGAGGACUGCUGCCGGUGCUGCCUAGCGGGAGGUGCGCGGUCGGCGGCCGGUCCCGCCGGGGCUGCGGCUGCCCCCGCCGCCCCCCAGCCCUCGGCCCGGUCCCCUCGGGUCCCCCCCGGCCCGGCCCCGGGAAGGGAUCGCUGCGUUCCGCUGCCCGGAUGACAGCGCAGACGGGAAAAGCAGGCGAGUGAAUGGCAAGGCGAGGCUGGGAGAGAAGGCGAGCCAAGAUGUCAGUGACUGUCAGCGAAGUCUGCUAAGGGAGGGAGAGACCUGUGCGUGUCUGCGCUCCCACAGACAGCCGGGGAGGAUCUGUUGUAGCCACGAUUUAAAACAGCAGCAGCAGCAACAACAACAGAUUGCUCCCCCCUCUUGCUCCCUCCCCUUCGACCCCGCUUUAAACCCAAGCAAGUGACCGACCGUCCAGACCAUGCAGAUGACGAUGCUCUCGCUGAGCCACUGACAAAGAAAAGGCAAGUCACCCAUUCCUGAAACCAGGAUAACUGCCCGCCUGCAAGCAGGAGAUCUCUAGCUGUUGAACUUUUCUGUCCUGUGAUGAUGCCGUGGUGAGCCUGCCGAUUGGAAAGAAAGCCGUCUCUUCCGGAUCCUGAGCUGGCCAGACUGAAAGAGAUUAAUGGACUGAUCGGCCGUAGCUGUCAGAUCUCUCCUGGGGAUACAUCCCUUCAGCCCCCAUCGCUCGGGUGCUUGUGGCAAGGGGAGCAGGACUUCUUUGUGAGGGUAGGUCACUGGCACGCUCCCCUUCGAGGUGGGAGGCUGUGUUUCUCCUCUGCAGAGCAGAAGAGGCAGAUGCGACUCCAGGACUGCCUCCAGGGCAGAACUUUGUAGCGCUCUCAGCAUCCCUCUGCAGCGUGGAUGUGAGCCACGGGAGUUGGGGAUGUUUGAGGCAGCCUUUGCCAAGUGACACCCAGCAGCUGCUCCAGAGGCUUUUGCGUGGUCUCUCGCUCAAGGGCUUUGCCUGUUGUGAAGAUGUCCAUGGUGUUUCUGUGAAGCUGAGGUAUGGCUGCUGGAAGGUUACUGCUGUAUGCUGGCCUCUCUUUAGCUCUGUGUGCCCUGGGCAUGCUGGCUGUGGCGAUCUGCUCUGACCAUUGGUAUGAAACUGAUGCCAGGAAGCACAGAGAGAGGUGCAAGAGCAUCACCACUAAGAGAAAUGAUCCUGGCUUCAUUUAUAACUCCAACAACAACCUGCCUCUCAGGGCCAGCAGGUCUAGGUUGGACCGUUGGGAAGGGAAACUCCUCUUGGCAAGAAACAGGAGGCAGAUCUUCGCUAUGAGCGCAGUCGACGAGUGCAACAGACAGUACAACUCGACCAACAUGGGGCUCUGGAGGAAAUGCCACCGACAAGGAUUUGACCAAGAGCUGGAGGAGCUGAUUGCCAAAGGAGCAAUUGAGCGGUGCACAUACAUCAAGUACCACUACUCCUCAGCGACCAUUCCCAAGAACCUUACCUACAACAUCACCAAGACAAUCCGCCAGGAUGAGUGGCACGCCUUGCAUCUGCGCAGGAUGACAGCUGGCUUCAUGGGCAUGGCUGUGGCCAUCAUCCUCUUUGGAUGGAUUAUCGGGGUGCUGGGGUGCUGUUGGGAUCGAGGCCUUAUGCAGUAUGUGGCAGGGCUUCUCUUCCUCAUGGGAGGAACCUUCUGCAUCAUUUCACUGUGCACGUGUGUGGCUGGAAUCAACUUUGAGCUCUCCCGCUACCCCCGCUACCUGUAUGGACUUCCUGAUGACAUCAGCCAUGGCUAUGGCUGGUCCAUGUUCUGUGCGUGGGGGGGCCUGGGCCUCACUCUUAUCUCUGGCUUCUUCUGCACUCUGGCCCCUUCUGUCCAACCUGUCCCCAGGACCAACUGCCCCAAAUCUAGACCUGAGAAUGGGACAGUGUGCUAAAACGAAUAGCAAACAAAUACACACACACACGUACAUAUAUAUAUAUAUGUCUAUGUAUACCUAUACAUGCAUAUAUAUGUAUAUAUAAUUACAUAUAUAUAUACUCUCAAAUUAAUGCCAGUGCCAAGGUAGAGCUGAGUCCAACACAGCACUCACAUCUCCACCGGACUCUGUGUUGCUUCGUUCUUUCUCACAGCGAUGGGAAAGCUUUUCUCUCACACGGCUCUUCCAUCCAACUCUUUUCAGCAUACCUUAGAGAUUGAAUGAACAUACAGUUGCAUCUACCUACUGCCAUUUGGGAAGGGAAACAGGGGGUCCAUGUGGGGAAUCUGGAACCAGAAUCUGUAGAGGACAUGGAGGGUGGGGUGGGGGGGGGGACGGGGACAAAAAAAGCCUGUCCAUUGCAGCCAGAAAGAAAAAUGCAAACAGCAAACAAAGGAACAAAUCAAGCAUUUGAGCCAACUUUACAACGUACCUCCUCAAGGCCAUUAUCAGAAACCCACCCUCUUUCCUUUUCUUUCUUAAAACAAAAUGACAGAAGCCUGCCCUGUCAUUGGUUUGGGGUUUCUGGGUUGGGGUUUUUUUUUUUGCUUAAAACACAGAAAACAAAAUGGACAGAAUGUGUGGGGAAAAGCAGAAAAGCAUUUUCUUUUUGCCUGCCAAACUUCAGAGAAGCAAACAAGUGAAAAUAAUAACAAUAAUAAUAAUAAUAAACAGAUCUAACAAAACCAGAAAAUAACAUCAAAAACAAACUCCAUGAGGACAUCUCAGUGGACUUUCCAACAAUGCGGUUUUAAUCUUCCAGCUGCCUUACAUCCAGGCUUACAACUGAGGCUGAACUGCUAAUGUAAACGCAGCAGAAGGCCUUUUGAAAAUGCUGUGAUACAUGUGUGUAUAACUUUUUCUUCCCUCUCCUUUUAUUUAAUUUUUUUUUUAAGAAAAAGAAAAAUUUAAAACAUUGCAAUGUGAUUGUCCACUAAACCCAUCUAUGCUGUGUUUGUGGCCCAAGACUGAGGCACCGCAACUGCGGAAGCGUGAGGAAAGCCGUGAGGUCUGAGACAGCAUGUCUCCUCUGGUGGAUUUCAGGAUGGUUUUCUGUUUUCAUGGAGCAUCUGAGAGUUCAGGAUGGUGGAUCCAAGGGAAGACUGACCAAGGAGAAGGGAGGUGGGGGGAGCCAUGGCUGUUGUUCUUCCCAGAUAUUUGCUGGAGUGGGAUUUCAUCAAGUUUCUGGUUUGGAUGUUUAAGACAACUGGGCAAAAGCCAUUGCUGAGGAGGAAAGGGGAGCCAACUUUUGUAAGGGAGAAGUAAGAGACGCCUCUUGUUGUGUUCAUGUAUGCCAAAUAAGACGUUCCCACAUCUUGUCUUUGGAAAUUUCCCUGGUUCAGUGGACAUCUCCACUCUCCAUCUGGGAGAACUGUGUACAGAUGGAAGUGAAAGGGUCAGAUGCAGAGAACAGAGAUCCAUUUCCCAUGAGCUCAAGCAUUGUAUGAUAUAAUUGUGAACCUGCAAAUGGGACUCUUUCUCUUUUUUGGUCUUUCUCUUUUUCCUGUUACUUCUCUUCCAGUUGUCUCUUUUCUCCUUCCCUCUAUUCUUCCCAUCCUAUGACCUGAAUAGGUCAUGGGUCCCAGAAGAGCUAAAUGAAUAGCUAAGUCUGGAGAGGUGGGUGAAUGCUGUCAGACGGAGCAAAGCAUUUUGGCUGUGAGGGCAGUGGGUCCUUGCAGGGGACCAGUGGCUGAGGGGAAGGUGGGGAGGAAGGCCCAAGGGAGUAACCAAAGGGAGUCUUAGAAGACAAUGACUGAAUGGUCAUAUGCAGGAGUGAGGGUGUCAUUGUCAAAUGCACAGGCAAAAGGGGAAAGGGCAAAGAAAAAAGGCCUCCCCAAAACCAACCCAACCCAACUUGCUCUUAAUUCAGGGAUAGUACCAGCAAUCCUUUCUUACACGACAGCUGCAUGCCAUCAGCCCUCAUUAGCCAAUAAAAAGUCAUCCUUUGCAUCUAAAAAAAUCUCACCAGGAGAAGGAGGCAACCUGUUCAGACGGUGCCUCUUGCACGGAAAUGAAGGCAUUCAUUUCCAGGUCAUGCCAUUUACACAGCUGGCAAGAAACAGUAUUUUUCUUGGUUAAAAAAAUCCAACCAAUGAAUAAUUCUUAUGCAAGACCAUUGCAUAGCCAGCUAUUCCCCUGCCAGCCCUGCUUCCCUCCCUGUUACACCUUGUGUCUUGAUGUUGCUUUAUUAACAAUGCCCAAAGAAAUGAAGUUUCUGGAGGGCAUGUUGGAGUAGGGUAGAUUUGGAUUUCUUUCAUUCUUGCUCAGCUACCUAGCUUUUGCUUUCUCUAUUCUACAAACUCCCCAGACAUGCCAGUGCCAUCUGCUAAGUCAGUGUGCUGCCACUAAAGUGCCACCCCUGGUAACUGAAGUUUCAUUUCAUCCUCCAUUUGAUGUGAUCAGAGAAAGUAUUUAUUUAUUCAUGUUGAAAAUGCGAGUCUUUUCAAGAAACUUUCUUUUUAAGUAGAUUAGGGGGUUUUGGGGUUUUGGUUUGUUGGGGUUUUUUUUCCUGGCAAGGUUUUCAAAUAGAGAGGUUUUGAAAAGCUUUGAAACCAUUCGACUGUGUAAGUGCCUACUAGGUAAGGAGGCUGAUGAAUUACCAUUGGACAGAAGAAGGAAAUUAACAACAAAAACAGCUCUUGGAAAGCAAAAUGAAAACUGAAAGCAGAAAAUUCGUAAGUGAAAACCAAAUGAGAACUAUAAGAAAAUUCAGAAUUUUUUCUAAGUAUGAAAAUUUUUGUGGAAAAAACCCCAACUUCUCAUUAAGAUAUUAAUGCUUCAGAAAAAUGAUAACUGUGUCAUUAAAAAAGCUUUGAAUGCAAACUUUCUUCCUCCUCUGCAGUGCCAAGUGUGAUAGGGAACGUGUUUCAUGUGAAUACAGAUACCUGGAGUGAUCCAGGUAAACUAAAGGGCACAGAGGUAUCUAGCUGGAGUCCACCUCCAAGCCCUGUGGCAUGGAAAGCAAUGUGACAGCCCCUGAGAUGAUGUACCCUUGUGUGGUCUGUGACUGUUCACAGGGUGUCUUCUUUUACAGAUACAGUUUUGAAAGUGCUAUAGCAGUAAGAUGUAAAGAAAUUGAAAUGAUCUUGCUGUUUUAAGGAUUUUCAAAGCUCUCCUGGCUUUCUGCAUCUGGCACAAAAAUAGUUCUGCCUUGAUGAAGUAUUCUCUGAUGGUGUUGGUUUACAUGCUGUAUAUGAGCCUGUAUGUUUGUUUGUGUGUGGCAAUGGUGGAAGAGGGUUAUGAUUAUUUUUAUUUACAACAGAAAAGUGCUAACCUUGGAUCUUUGGGCCAAUUCUGUGAUUUUCCAAUUGCUAUAGCAUAGGCUCUGUAAGGCCUGUGUGGCUAUGAAGCAUCUUAAAAACUAUGGGAGUAAGUGUCUGAAGCAGCAGAUGAUCAUGUUACCUUAGUCUCAAACUGGAUCUCCAAAGGGAUCAUUUGUCUCAACACCAGUUCUCUUGUCUUUGCCUCAAGUAAGGGCAAAACCCCCUUGGGAUACUGUGAAUUUCCCUCUGUGCUACUCACAGAACUGGGAGGAGCCCCGUGUGCUUUGAUAGUCUUGCAUGGGGCUCAGAGCGUUCUGUUGGCUCAGACUCAUCUUUAGAGAAGGGUUGACUCAACAUCCAGAUCCAAAUUUGCGAUGGUUAGUGUCUCCAUCUAUCCUGAGCCAAAGCACACUCACAUCUAGUCUGAGUUUCUGCAUUCUGGGGAGGCUUUGAAAUGUUUUCUGAACAUAGAUUCAACCUUUUUGACUAGCGUGUGGUUUUCUAUUUGAGAACUAGUUAAUUAGAAAUGUUAGCUGUGAUCCCAGCAUUAAAGGGCUUGACCCCAUUCCUCAGAUCUGCUCUGGCAAAGCGCCUAAGCAUGUGCUUUACUUGGAGCAUGUGACUAAUCACCUCAACUUCGGUAGACUAUUCAUAUGCUUAAGGUUAAGAAUGUGCAUUCCUGGAUGAUGUUCAGCUUCCUGCAAAGUCCAGCUCCCGCUCUUCUUUUCUUAUCCCCCCCUUGUAGAUAAAGUGACAUUCUUGUCCUAGCCUGAUGUACCAGUGCGUGUUUGGUCUCCCUUUCGAUGAGAUGGGAACGCAGGGUCCGUAGCUGGGAGGCUUCUUCCCUCGUGUGGCCUUUCACGUUGCACUGGUGGGACAACACGUCUCUAUGCUUCAGAGACCACAGAGGGACUUGACUGCAAAGAACACAGGUGUCAUAAAAUGCCAGUCCCAGGGAUGCAGGAUGAAUUGGCUCAACCCACUGCGAUCUGUAGGCUGAGUUAGUUAGUUAGUGACUCAGUUGUUGUACAGUGAAGUUGUCCUGUGACUGCAGCGAGUUAGCUACAGGGGGUUCUGCUGUCCAUCCCUGCUGGGAGCACUGUAUACGUGAGGGGGCUACAUGGCAGGAGUCCAUGUGCUCUGAAUCUCAUGUACUGUAUAGGACACCCUCUUUUUCAAGCUAAAGCUGUUUGCAUGUUAAAAUUCCUGACUCAUAUUGGCCACCUGUAUAUAUCAUCUCUCUUUUCUCCUUCUCUGCAAACACACAACUGAUCUUCCCUGAUCUAAACAGUAAAGCCCCUCCAGUUAUAUUUCUAGUUGGGCUUUUUUCUUCUUUCAUUCUACCCCAGGGACAGUCACAAGUGGAUCACAAACCACCAGUGACCAGAGUAAUUUCUCUGAAGUAUUGCUUCUGAAAAAUUGCAAUUACUCUUUUAAAUGUUAUUUCAGCUGCAGUAACAUGAAAGAAAAAAAAACCCAGCCAACCAAACAAAAAAACCCCCACACAAACUAAACACAAAAAAAGUCUUGGAGUCCUCUAAACAGAGGAUCCUCAUCCUCCAAGGAGAGAAUCGUGAGAGUUCAGGUAUUCUGCUUUCCCGUAGAUGCGAGUCAUUUGGGACCACUUUUAACUAUGGCAUGUUAGCUGUGCAGUUCGUUGGAUGGUGAAAAAAACAGUGUUGGUGAGGGAGAGGAUUGAUGUGCAGGGGGUAUCUCAGAUUCCCAAGGGUUCCUGGAAGACUGUGUCUCCAUGGCUGUCCAUUUACCCACUAUGCAGCACCACCAAAUCAGGCUCAUCCCUGGAGCCCACUGAUAAGCAGAGCUCAGAAGAAAAUCACUGUAAUCUGUCCUUAAUUCUUGAGUGCCAAGCUAACUGCCAGCAGUGAAAUGGAGAGGAAAUAAUAUGUUACCAAGUAUAGCUUAAAUAAAGACAUACAUUAUUUGGGCUUUUUCUUCUGUGUGUCUCUACAUAGGCCUAGAAGGGCAGUAGGAGUGAUCAGGCACAUUCACACAAACCAACACUGCAUUUCCUUACCCCCAGGUUUUGCGUUCCUUCAUGGCCCAUACUGCUGUGCUCAUCCAGCCAGCAAGGGAAGACUCAAGGUGAAAAACUGAGACAGCUCUGAAUGAUUGUAAGGCGCCACUGAGAGACAAAGAGUGUGCGUGAAGCACAAGCAGCAUGUAAAGAUUACUGGUGGAUGAAUUUCCAAGGUCGGGAACCGAGUUUCAAAAAAGCCUGAAGUUUGAUCACAAACUCCAGGCCAGAUCUAUAAAAUCUUGAUUCUGACAGUCUAAGCCGAAAACUCACAAAGACAGGGCUUAGCUCAAAACUCAUAGUCCUAAUGUUUCGAGUUAUAGCCAGGAAUAUAAUGCAUCUGUUCCAUAGUCUGUUGAAAUCCGUUAAAAAGCUUCCCCUUCGCUCCAGUGAGGUUUGGAUCAGGUGCCUUAGAAAAUGUUUUAGUGCUGUCUUGGUUAACACUGAAAAUUAACUGUGUGCUUACAUACAAUAUCUAAUCUUUGGCUUUAAACAGUCAUCAGAUGCUACCUUUCCUUCUAGAGCCUGGUACAAUGCUGCCAAUUUAAUUGCAGUAUGCCUUGCACGUGUUUAGGAUUUAACUUGGAGAAAGCCUAGACAAUUGCCUCAAUAUAGGCCACAAGAGGGAAAUGAAAUGCUGGUCACCUCUAGUAAAGCACUCCAGAAUCACAGAUCAGUUGUCCUUCCUUGCUCAGGGAAGAUUUGCAAUGAAAAUAACAGAGGCUUAGAUAGCUUAUCUCCAGGGAAGGUGGGGAAGGGAAAAAAAGAAGCCUAACAGCAGUUGCUAUAGGUCAGAAUUGACGAGCAUUGGUAGAAUUACGUGAGGACAAUCCAAUGUCGCCUGCAGCAUCAGCAGCAGGAAUUGCCAGACCCUCCUAGGACUGCACUUUUAUAUUUUUCCUUCACUGAUUAACACUCCUGCAGAGUGGCAGAAAGUGACUUCAAAAGUUUUCUUGCAUAGGGUGUAUAUACAUGGACACCCUUGCUCCCCUUCUUCCUUAGACACACACACAUGCACAUCCCACAUGAUGUGGGUGCUAGUAACCUGUAAAUAUGUGUACUAUACAGAGAGGAAACACACGGCAAAAUGCAGCAUAAUAGUUUGUUUUCUAUUCUUUUAUAAUUAACUCAGGAGUUGCAGUGCAAUUCAGAUGCCAUCUGUGUGCGUGCUAGGCUGUGCGUGCAGAACACAUGGAAACUAUCUCCUGAAGAGACGUGGGGAAGCACAAUACAACUGGGACCAGUUGGGUAUGCACCAUCAAAAUGUAUUUGGAUAUUUCAGAAAGAGUUGCCGGUAUUGUUCUGAUCCCAGAGAUGCAGGGAAAGGAAGCAGUUGAGAUGACACAAAUACACGUUUCUUUCUGCCCAUUUUGCCUUUGGGCAGAUACAUCCAGCAAAAGGGAGGCAGUGAACAGCUCAGAGCAGGAACAUCCUGAAACACUGCAUUAAGGCUCCAGAGCUGACCAUCAGUGCUCUUCAAUGUAGGAUUUCUACAGAGCUACUUCUGAUCCAGUCAGUCCUGCGCUAGCCAACCUACCUCCAAAAAUGCAGUUGUGUCCAUAAGUCCUGCCUACCUUCAGUUGUGUCCACAAGUCCUUCCUACCUUCUAGUGCCACAGACCCUGGUACAUGUGUGCAAUAUGUACAGGUGUCACUUUCUGAGUGAGUAAGGCUGAGGGAAAAUGAAGUCCCAUUAGGACAGCCUUGGUAUUCACAAAAUUGAUUCUUGCAACCUGCUGUUGCAAGGUGCUUCUGUAACAUGGAUGGCCUCAGUCACAGGAGAACAAAUCACACCAUAUCGCUUCCAAAUCAGAAAUGUUUAUGAUCCCCUGGUGUAAAAAUCCCAUCGUGCGAGAGGCAGCACCAUGGCAGGACGCUGCCUGUGUCCUAUGCAGAGGGCUGGUGUGGGCUGUCAGCAGCACUGACAUGCAGAAGACUGCGGCUAAUGUUCCUCGGCACAGCUGGUAGCUCCACAUCCCGUGGCUUUGAGCCCUACCUGUGGCAGCAUAGCACAGAAAUAUCUCUGUAAAGGCAAUUCCUUCAAGUGGCCUUGUUAUUUUGCCAGCUGGUCAGAAAUACACAAACAGUAACAGUGAUUCUGCAGUAGAUGAGAUAAAGAGUCGAGUCUUCAAAAAGCUGUGUGACUCGUGGGUUUUGCCCCAGUUUCAAAGUGAUGUUAGACACCAAGGAGCAUGAAUCAAAUAUGGCUCAAUCUCCUGGGGCCAGCUCCACGAAAGAGCCUCAGCAUCCAAUUCUUCCUCAGACAGUGAAUUGGAGUAAAAUGCUAUAUGCCUUUGGUGCCUACAUGUUUAGAAAAACCUAAAUAUAAAUGCUCCUAAUUUGCUUAAGCUCUUGUGACAUUUUAUCUCAAGAAUAGUUUUCAUCUGACUGUUGAGAAUAAGGCUGUAUUUUUUUAAGAAAUGCUAUUCAUUAACAAUAUAGAUCGUAAGGAAAAGGUUCAAGUAAUCAGAACAAUAAAAGUGCAGCCUUAGACUAUUCAGUUAGAGUGUACUGAAUUAUUUAUAACUCCUGGGCACUAACAACAAUCACAGACCUCUAACUUAAACUGUUGCAAUUUUUAUUUGGCCAUUUCCAUCACUUAGAGUGUGUACAUUUAUGUAUUUGUUGUUUGAUCUUUUGCAGGACAAAAUUUCCCCUACUUAACACAGAAAAGCGUAUUUGGGGACUUUUGAAGAUAUUUUUCUGCACUAGCUUGAAUUUUUUUAAUGCAUCUUGAGGCCUAGUAGGACAGACAUUACAACUUUCAAAGCUGUAAACUGUACCUAAACGGGGCUUGAACUUUCAGUUCUCAAGUAAAAUUCCCUUUGAUUACAGAUCAUUGGAAUCAAUGGGAAAUUUGCUUCAUUAACAACUGUAAGACUGGAUCCUAUUUCUGAGUAUAUGUGAUGAGGGGACUUAGGGAAGGGGGCUGUACUUAUAUGUUAGCCCAUUCAAGGAUCUUUUGCAUAGACACAGGAACAGUCACUGCUCAGUCACUCCAACUUUAUACCAAUCUGUUUUUGUAAAAACCAACCAUUAUACUUGUGUGUGGCUGGAAUAACGCAGUGGUAAAUCUAGCCCCUAGGCUGACACACAUAUACAUGUAUAUAUGUGUAUAUAUGUAUAUAUAUUUGUAAAUUUAUGAAAAAUGUCCAUAGCUUCAUGAUUGCCUGAAAUAAGGUGAGGUUGAUGUACAGAAUUUCAGGCAAAGGACUGUUUCUUUUUCACAAUCCUCAUGUAUCUCAGAUUUAAAUCAAAACAAAUGAAAAAGUUCUAUUUCCCGGGAAAAUCCUCAUUCUGCCGUUGUGUCCCACUGAAGUCAGCGGCAUGCGUAUCCACACACGUAUAUCCAGUCAUAGGACUUGAUCUCAAGGGCUUUCUUAAGGAAAAGAAAUGGACUGAAAAAGCCACAGCAGAAUUUCUGUUCCACAUUAGCUCUCUCAAUAGACUCACUUACCCUUUACGAAGAGGCCCUUUGUAUGGAUGCUGUUCUUCUGCACCAGGUGUAUAUUUGUGAGGAGCACCUUUGUGGACGAAGUCAAGCUACACAAAGGCCUGGAUUUUCAUCCCCAUUAACCUUAAGCACAUAACUGAGCUCUUUAUGUUAACGAGCUCAUCUCCUUUCAUUUCUUGUAUAGUUAAUGAAGAAAGACAAUUGCUUCUAGAUGGUAAACCAGUAAAACUGACAUCUAAGUCAGCUUUAGGAGCUCUCUCUCACUACAUAGAGUGACCACUCACCUAUCUUGGGUGGUGCCAAGAUCUUAAAAGAUCUUAAAUCCUAGUGAGAUGAAUUAGGGACCUAGUGCAGAAGAGUAUCCAUAUGGAGAUCAGCCAUGGACAUAUGCUUCAGGUGCAUGGCCUGGCUCACCAUGCAAAACACAGGUGUUCAUUGUGGAAAACUGUUGGAACAAAAGGAGAUGUUCACAGCAGCCUUCCCCUCCCAAAUUGCAAAAUGACUAGAAAGGACAGGGCUUGCCCCAACCCCUGGAAAUUGCAUUUGAGGUGAGUUCCUUGUGGUCCCAGUGCUGGAGGUCAGAAAUCUUCGGUCUGACCUCUUCAGCUUUCUCUGCCAGUCCUGGGCACUACUGAAGCAGUUCAAAGAGCGAAUUUAAAUCCUAAACGUUUGAACGGCUGAGCUGUUCAAAGGUUACUUUCUUGCUCCAUCCCCAAACUUGCCUGUAAAAAAUGAUCUCACAGGUAAUGAUAAUAAAAAAAUCCUCCUCCAAGGUACAGUUUGGGUAGUUUCAUAUUUUUUUCCAAUGGUGAUAACUGCUUUACAAGCAGCUUGCAUGGAGAUGAAAGUGAUUGCAAUUUCAUCCUUUAUUGUUGGGAUUAUAGUUUUCCUCAGAAACACUAAACUGAGGACUCAACAAGCAAAUGAACUGUAACUAUAUUCAGAAAGCUGCUCUGACAAGGCUGAACAUACAUCUCCAUCUUAUGGUGAGAGUCUCUCAGAGCCAAAAUUUGAAACUGUAUAUUGAGUCUGUCUGGAGGGACCAGCAAUUUAACCCGGUAUAAGAACUUUGGAGAUCUUGUGUAUUCCCAUAUUGCACCUGAAUAAAAGAAACACAGCCAGAGGAGUGGGAGAAUUAAACUGAUUUCUAAAAACUCGAGGGCUAAGUGAACUUUGGCUGUUGUGGCAACAUAUGGUCACUAAUACUCAUUUCUACAGCUAAAUUUAAGUCAGUGAGUUGACAAUCUUCACCCAUCUCUCAGAACAACUUGAUUUUAAAAAUAUUGUUAAGGUUAUGACAAGAGGGACUUCAGCUGGCCUGCAGGGACCUGUAAAGAAAGGAUUCAACACUGUGUAUCAGUACUUAGGGAAAGACUUUAGCUAGAAAGUAGAAGAUAAAGUUGAGUUCCAGGGAUCGAGUUAUUUUUCAGCAUGGUACCACCUUGACCAAACUGUGCUGUUUCAUCCUGAUGUUUUUCUCCUGUUCUCCCUUUCUCUUUUUUGAGGAGUCAGAUAUUUCUCCCUCUCUUCCUUUUCCUCCUUCUGUGUGAGAAUAUAGAGAUGCUUCCUGUAAAGACACAUUUCUCUAAAUCCCAUUCCAUGCCAACUCUUGCAUAUGUGACUGUUUUGUUAUUUGAGAUGUCUGUGAAAAAGAAAUAAAGGCUUUAAGAGUGAACUCUGGAAAUGAGGAGUAGCUUGAGGAUAACUCAAAUUUGAGGAUGCAGCUCCAUUUUCCGCAAGACUUGUCAGAAAGUUCCUAAAUUCUCAUCACUGCCCUCCUGCCCCUCCCUCUCUGUGAGAGGGGUGGAGAGGCUCCUGGGAUGUGGGACUCUCAAAGGUUGCUCUUUUAGCUGUCAACUCACUGUGUCCCAUGAGGGUUUUGCAGACUUUUAAGAGUUUUACUGUCAAAGAAAACCUCUUUUUAAAACAUGACAAUGUUGAACAUCACAUGGGAGGAGGCUCUAAAGGGUGGCUCUGUCCCAGUUUACCUUUCUUUACCGUUCUUUACAACAGCCCUGUGUGUCUAGCCUACAAUCUCCUCCCUGCUGGACUGACUUUGCCAAGGGUGUAGCUUGCCAAGAGGGGCCUGCCUGGCCUCUCAUCCCCGUGCUGCUCUUGGGUUAUCUUCUUGGAUAAUUUUCCACUUUCUCUUAAAAAACAAAAAAAAGUCUCACCUCCUAAUGAAAGCCAUAACUACUCCUGUGACCCUGCAGCAGGGAGCAGACACACAGCCUCCCAUGGGACAGCAGCAAUCCCUGGCACUGAAGGGAUCCUAGGGGAUAGGCAGGAAGAUGGGUAAAGCUCAUGUGGCCAUCUCACAUCAGAGAGCUAAAGCAUCACCUUGCCUUGCAAGCUCCCACCAUGCUUCAUGAACCACUCCACCAGUUCAGAGUCUGGAUCUGACUUCUCGCUGUCUCACACUUAUGCCAUCGCACACUCCUAUGGCAAAUAGGUGUAGGCAUGGCAAAACACGCCUGUGUGAAGGCACCAGCGAUUUGCACAAGGGUCAGUGAGAAAUCAGACUCACUGGACUCUCCUCCAUCCACAGCAGGGGCAUCUCAUGCAGAUAUUUGCUCUUUAAGAUUUCUUCUGCCCCAAGUAAUAUUCACCCUAGCCAUGAGCUACCACACUAACCAAAAGAUUUUGGAGGGUUCCCCUUCCUUGGCUCCCGCAUUGGUCCUUUUUUCCUUAAGGAAAAGCAUCUUUUUGUUCAGAAGAAAGGAAGCAACUCCCAUAACCAUCCUUUGGUGAUGACAAAAGCUGCAAUCAUCACUGUCUCUAAUUUACAGUUUGGGAGGCUUAGGAUAAUAAUUCACUUAAAUGCCUGCGAAUUGAAGCAUGUCAGCACUUUUCGAGGACAUUCCCAUGUAAAAUAAUAUGACUGGUAGAAGACAUUUAUCAUGUGAAUGCGUCUUGGCCAGAUGUUUAUGUUUCCUCUAAGUGCAGUACACACGUAACAAAGCUGGAUUAAAAAAGACCUAGAAUGCCACAAUAUUCAGGCAUACUCAGAGAAAUGCAUUGAUACGAUGCAUUUAUUUGGCAUGUUUUCUCUUCAGAAAAUGUUACAAGUAUGAGCCCCACCAGACGUGUCUGAGGCAGGUAGCUAUUAUAGCCAUUUUAGAGACAGGAAGCCAAAAACCUGAGAAAAGACCUGGUGUUCAGUAGUCUGAUGCCCCCUUGGAACUUCUACUAGCUGCAGGUGGAGCCUUCUGUUUUCAGCACUCUCGAAAAUCCAGACUGUAGCUGGUUCAUCCAAACCCACAGUAGCUAUAAAGGUGAAAGGCAGGAUUAGGACACUCGGGAUCCUGACUUCAUCAGAGCACUGCUAAAGAACUUUGAUCCCACAAAGCACAUGCCUAAUUUCAAGCAUGAAUGACCCAUUAAUGAUGCUAUUGCCGUGCUUAAAGCUAGGCACAUAUCUAAUUGCUUUGCUAGAUUGGGAAUUACAUUAAAAUACAUUAAACUUCAACAUAUUUUGAAAAUCCAAAAAUGUGGCCAUUUCUGAUUAUGUUUCAGGCAUUGUCAAGGAUAUUUGAACUGUGUAUGCAGCCUCUCAACCAAGUGGAGCACUUUUUAGCCAAUCUGUGCAGAGUUUAAUGAGUUUUGGGUAGUAACAUCCACUUGUCACAAGUAAUCAAGGGUGGCUUGUCCUGCAAGGUUUGGACUCCUGUGCUGCUACAAGAGGCAAAAUGGCUUCUGUGGCCAUCGGUGCUAACAACACAUCAGCAACAACUGACUACUGCGAUAGGUCGCUCUGGUAAGAUGUGUGUGUGGUGGCUGAUUUCACAAGUAAUGCAGCAUCUUAUCAAGUGUAUUGUACUUUUCCAUUUCUUCCUGUAAUCUGUUUGAGAAGAGGUGAACAGAAGUUGUUUAAACGUGAAACAUCCCCUAACUUCUUGUUCCGUUACUUCAAGGUGCUAAUCUGCAGACACACGGGUGUUUGGGCACGGGCAUCGGUGUUUGCAGGACUGUUGCCCUGAGGGAUCAUUUUAGUGGCAGGGUUGAGAUCAGGGAACCAACAGGGAAAAUGAGCAAACCCCUGUAACUUUGAACAGACAAAAGUUGCAGAAAGCAUCACAGGACUUUGCCAAAAAACUGGCUACAUCUUACACUUUUCCUUUGGUUUUGGUUUGGUUUUGGUUUUAUCCAGAUCAGUCAGAAGACUGUAUUUCCAUUGAUUAAAAUCUUGUCUGGUAACUAACUAAACAACUUGUUCAUGGACAAUUAAAGAAUAAAUAAGUAAACUGUCAGUUGUGGAAUGUAAACUGAUUAAACAAAUAAAAAAAAUCAUGUUGUGUGUUUUAA